GAGGCGUCCUUCGAGCGCUCUCAACGGCCGCCGGCUCAGUCCACUCUCGGAGCCCGGAAGCCACACCAUGCUCCGCCUAAUGCUGCUGCUCGCUGGGCUCGGUGGCUUGCGGGCGUCAGGACCCGGUUCUCAAAAUUCAUUUCUACAAAUUAUAGUUCCAGAGAAAAUCCAAGUAAAUACAAGUGAUAAUUCAGAAGCAGAAAAUGAACAGAUAUCCUAUAUUAUUGCAAUAGAUGAGAAGCCAUACACUGUACACCUUAAGCAAAGUUUUUUUUUAGCACAUAAUUUUAUGGUUUAUUUGUAUAAUCAAGGAUCUGUGAAUUCUCAUCCUUCAGAUAUUGAGGCUCAGUGCUACUACCAGGGGCAUAUUGAAGGACAUCCGAAUUCUGUUGUGACACUCAGCACGUGCUCUGGAUUGAGAGGAAUACUGCAAUUUGAAAAUGUUUCUUAUGGAAUCGAGCCUCUGGAAUCUGCAGUUGAAUUUCAACAUCUUCUUUAUAAAUUAAGGAGUGGAAACAGUGAAUUUGAAGAUCUUACUGAAGAUAACCAAGGCAUAGAACAAAACCCAGUGGACUAUAACAUUUUUGUAAGUGAAAAGUCAGAAUCAGCUGUUCCAGAUUUAAUUCCUCUUUAUCUAGAAAUGUGUAUUGUGGUGGAUAAAGCUUUGUAUGAUUACCUGGGCUCUGAUAGCAUGGUAGUAACAAAUAAAGUCAUCGAAACUAUUGGCCUCGUAAAUUCGAUGUUUGCCCAAUUUAAAGUUACUGUUGUGCUGUCAUCGUUGGAGAUGUGGUCAGACAAAAAUAAGAUUUCCACAGUUGGUGAGGCAGAUGAAGUAUUGCGUAGAUUUUUAGAAUGGAAAAAGUUCUAUCUUACUCUGAGGCCUCAUGAUGUUGCAUAUUUAUUCAUCUAUAGAGAUCAUGCAGAUUAUGUGGGAGCCACAAUUCCUGGAAAGAUGUGUGUUAACCAUUAUUCUGCUGGAAUUGCUUUGUACCCCAAGGAGAUAACUUUGGAGGCAUUUUCCAUUAUUGUUACGCAGAUGCUCGGACUCGGUCUGGGAUUAUCAUAUGAUGACACAAAGAAAUGUCGCUGUUCAGGAGCCAUGUGUAUAAUGAAUCCAGAAGCUAUGCAAUCAAGUGGUGUGAAGACGUUUAGCAGUUGCAGUUUGAGUGACUUUGAAAAUUUCAUUUCAAAUAUGGGUGCCAAAUGUCUUCAGAAUAAGCCACAAAUGCGAAGAAGCAUGGUAGCAAUCUGUGGCAAUGGCAAAGUGGAGCUAGGUGAAGCGUGUGACUGUGGUACUGAGGAACAAUGUGGAGCUGCUCCCUGUUGUAAUUUUCGUACUUGUACGCUGAAACCAGGAUCACAGUGUGAUGCAGGAUUAUGCUGCAGGGACUGUCAAAUUGAAAGAGCAGGUGUUCAGUGUAGGGGAGCAAAACAUCAUGAAUGUGAUAUUGCUGAGUUUUGUGAUGGAAGCUCACCGCAGUGUCCAUAUGAUGUAACUAUACAGAAUGGACAUGUAUGUAAAGAAAAAUACAUGUGUUAUGAUGGAGGCUGCCAGGAUCCAGAUGCACGUUGUGAGAUCACAUUUGGAAAAGAUGAGGCAGCUGUAUUUAAGAAGUUCCAUUUUAAAGAAGGUUCAAAAAAUGCACCAUUUGCCUGCUAUGAAGAAGUACACUCUCAAGGUGAUAGGUUUGGGAACUGUGGUCAUAAAAGAGGCAGUUAUCAAUACUGUCUAUGGAGGAAUCUUCAAUGUGGAAGAUUAGUUUGUACUUAUCCUACUCGAAUUCCUUUUUACAGAGAAAAUGGUGCUGUGAUUUAUGCUUUUGUACGAAAUGAUUUAUGUGUAUCUGUAUUCUACAAAUCGGCUCAAUCACAAGAAGAUCCAAUGGUAGUCUUAAGUGGCUCUCCUUGUGAUAUAGGGAGGGUAUGUAUAAAUCGUGAAUGUGUAGAAUCAAGGAUGCUUAUGGAUUAUUCAAACCUUUGUUCACAGCAGUGCAGAGGACAUGGAGUAUGCACUUCCAAUGAAACGUGCCAUUGUUUUGAUGGCUACCAGCCUCCAUAUUGCGAAAGGCGUGGCAGAGAAGUUUCUAGUUUGUCUGGGAAACAGGGUUUAACCAUGGAAAGAACUCUUAGGAAGGCUGAAAAGAACCGGUGGCUUCUAGGUUUCUGCAUUGCUUUACCUGUUAUCAUCAUAGCAACCAUAAUAGCUGUUUCGUGGCAUAGUUCGACCAAGUGGUUUGUCAAGGAAGAGGAAUCCCUAAGUAGCGACUCAGAAGGCAGCACUCACACAUUUGCUAGCAGAUCCAGAUCAGAAAGCAGCAGCCAAACAGAUAUAGUCAGAUCCAGGUCAGAAAGUAGUGCUCAAACAUAUACCAGCAGAUCCAAAUCACAGGAAAGCACCCAAACACAUAACAGUAGUAACUAAUAAUUCCUUCAGAGGACAAUGGAUAUUACAGAGUGUCUCACUGAGAAAUGAAAAUUCCACCUUUCCUCCCUUGGUCACAGUCAAAGGAAACAAUAAACCGAGUGUGGAACUCUU